UCACUUUAUUCAUUUUUUAUAUAUAGUUCUGUCUGUGCGCGGGUUAUACUUACCGUGAAUAUAAUUGUUGAGAAUAUCAAUUUCUCUUAUGUUUGGCUGGCUAGCUAAAACCAUGCACAAUUUAUAUUCAUGAGACGCCUCAGCUGUUCCUAUAUUCAUUUGUCUGCCUGCUGACUCCAAAUGAAAUUCUAGUGGCGAAAGUCAGCCCUUUCUAGCUAUAGCUAUAGCUUUUCUUUCCACUCCUCAUCAUCUGUGCGUGCACAUAUAUACAGCUCUCGGCAGCUCACUUCUUUCCAGCUAAUUGAGCUCGAUCGAUCACAUGCAUGCAUGGCAGAUAUGAUAGCCGACUUGUUCUGGCUGUCGCCGGGCGAGCAAGGGGAUCUCUCGGAUGUGGUGAGGGCAAGCCUGCACCCCCAGCCUGAGCCUGAGCACUACUACCAGCAGCUACCAGCCGCUGCUGCCUCCUUCUCCUAUCUGCAGCAGCCGGAGGAGCUGGCCGAAGGAGGCCUCCAGCUGCAUGGUGAUCAUGGGCAGCUCGGGAUUAUGACGGAUGAUGCCAGUAGUAAAAGGCCUUCUUCGUCUGAUCAUAAGCAAGUCAUCUCGCCGGAUUAUUCGCUGGCCGAGAUGAUUCAUGGGAUGUCACCGCCCCAGCGGCCUCCUGGCAUGGAGAGGCUGCAGGAAGCUGCUGGCGACGACGUGGUGCCGGAGAGAAGCGAUCGGAUGCGGCAGCACAUGCUGUCCAUGGAUCAUCAUCCAGCUCGCGUCCCCGCUGCAAGCAAGCCAAGGAAGAGCCAGACGAAGAGGGUGGUGUGCAUCCCGGCGCCGACGGCGGCGAGCGGGCGGCAGAGCACGAGCGGCGAGGUGGUGCCGUCGGACCUGUGGGCGUGGAGGAAGUACGGGCAGAAGCCCAUCAAGGGGUCCCCUUACCCUCGGGGCUACUACCGCUGCAGCAGCUCCAAGGGCUGCCCGGCCAGGAAGCAGGUGGAGCGCAGCCGCACCGACCCAAACAUGCUCGUCAUCACCUACACCUCCGACCACAACCACCCAUGGCCCACCCAGCGCAACGCCCUCGCCGGAUCCACCCGCCUCUCCUCCUCCGCAUCCGCCAUCGCCGCUGCCGCAAAGAACACCUCCUCCUCCUCUUCUUCUUCCUUGCCGACCGCGGCACAAGGUCCAAGUCGUAAUAGUGACAGCAUCAACAACAAUGACCCUGCUGCUGCUGCUGCUCAUCAUCGUCAGCUCAAGCAAGAGGACGACCUGGACCUGUUUGCUGACAUGGACUCCCUUAACAUCUUGUCCUCCAUCACCAAGACCCAUGAAGAAGACAGCAAGCAGCAGCAGCAGCUCUUUGAUCCAUUCAGUUCCUGCUUCUUCGACUGCCUCUAAUCUAGAAUUCAUCAGUUCGUAAUCGUACCUCUCUAUAUAUACCUAAAUUAAAAGACUAUGAAGCAAGCAAGCGAUUGAUGACGAUGCUUAGACGGCUGUUACUGAUGAUGAUGAUACCCUUAAUUUUACAGCUAGCUAGCUACUCUUGCCAGUCAGUUACCAGGACUUGAUUUGGCACCCUGGCUUUUACAAUGUUGCCUUCUUAGUAUUGUUUUACUGGAAGGAAUUAAGAGCCUGUUAGCAGGGGGAAACAAGGCUGGUUAUACGGAAUCCAGCUUAAGGUAGCCGAGAAAUGCAUGUAACUUUCACCCCUCCUCUUAAAGCUAAGAUAGAUUACUAAGACGGCACCUGUUUGUGUAUCUCUUGAUCCAUCAUUUCAACUUCACUCAAUCUGCUUUUUUUCCAUCA